AUGGACUCAUCAAGCGAUGAAGAAGACUAUUUAGAAGCAGCUGAACGUAAUGCCAAACGUAACUUCUUAAAAGAAGAAAUCGUUGAUAUGAAUUAUGAUCCACACUUAUUUACAAAAUUUAUUGAAAAUGCUAAAGCAGCUGAUAUAGAUGCAUGAACUUUUGAUGAACUUUCAGACCUUGUAAGGGAGUUUAAAAAUAAAUACAGGGCUGGGCAGACAUUGGAAGAAGUAGACGAGCAAAUGAGGAUUGAAAAAGAAAAAGAAAAACGACUAUAUGAAAUCCCAAUUAAGAAAAAGCCACAGCCUUUAGAAGAAAAUCAGCAGCAAAGUAAUAAAAAUGAGAAAAAACCUAUACUAUUUAAAUUAAUUGUAGAUUUCAGAGAAUUUAUUAUUAAAUAUGCAAAAUCAUACUGAUAAGAAUAAAGAAAAGCCUAAAAUAAUAGAGCCUACACCCUUACCCCAAGCAGUCAAAGAUAAUGGACGUGAGGCUUCACGCACUAUUGAAACAAUGAAAAAGAAACUUUUAGACUCUUCUUUUAAUGACAUUGUCUACGAGGAUAAAAAUAAACCAAAGUAUUAUGCUGAAACCCCUAUAGUAAAUGCUAUAAGGAAUGUAACUCAGUCUUCUCAACAACCACAAAAUCCUCCAAAAGAGGAGGAAAAGAAGUAUGAUGCUUAUCAACCAAAACCUAAAAAUGAAAUUGAAGGACCUUUAAAAAUCACAAACCCAAAAACAGAGAAAAAAACCAAUGAGCCAGCCAUUUCACCUAAAUAUGAUGAAGAUUAUGGGUAUAAAAGAAAUGACACCCCAAUAACUCAAACAGACUCUGAUGCUUCAGAUGCUAGCAUAGGUGGAGAAACCUAUGAUAUACCUGCACAAAUAGCUAAAGAAACAGAACUUUCAAGAGCAGCAAAUCCCUCUAUCAAAAUUUCUAGCUUUGAAAUAAUUGAAGCCGGAAUUUUUAGUUCUAAUUAUUUGGUUUAUAAAGUAGUAACAGGCCCACUUGGCUGGGAGGUCAAAAGAAGGUAUAGUGAAUUCGCCUUGUUAAGGGAAGUCCUUGCAAAUAGCUAUCCUGGAUAUUAUAUUCCGCCACUUCCUCAGAAAAAAGCUACAGGAAAAACUCUUGAAAUGAAUGCUAUUAAGCGGCAAAAAUUUUUGCAGAGAUACAUGAACUCCAUAUUAGCUAACCCAAUGCUAAAAAGAUGCACAUUUCUAGUACAAUUUCUAAAAGAAUCCAAUUUAAGUGAGUGGAAAUCGAUAAAAUCACAAAAUAAAAAGGUAAAAAAGUUAGAGGGACUGAAAACAUAUCCGAGUUUUGAUGGUUAUUUGCAUUGCAACACUAUUGAUCAUACUCCGAUAGUCGCAAAAAUUAAUGAUCAUUUAUCAUAUUCAGAAGCAAUUAAGAAAAAAUUAAAAAGGCAUUUUGAGUCAGUGGUUGAUGAUUUUUUAAAAAUUUCGACAUCACUGGCAGAAUCCGCUGAUUUACUUAAAGAAUUAGCAGAUGUACAAUCUAUAUUAAAUUUUAAUACAGACCAACAGUAUGUUUAUGAUAGUUUAAAUGAAGUUUUUACCCAAUGGUCUAACUAUGAAAAAGAACAAGGGCUGCUUAUUUCUGACUAUUGCUAUAAUUUUUUCAGAUAUGGGCAUAUGGAAUCCUGUGCACUAAAAGACUUAUUAAGAGAAAGAGAAAAUUUAAUGUGACUUUUAUCGUAAAAUUGAAAAUUAAGAUUAAGAUUACGCUGGGUAUUUUAAGUCCCUGCUUCGUCCGAGGAAGCAUUCUACGGUUUCCCGUAUGGUGGCAGAGCGUUCACCAAGCCCGGGCCGAAACCCCCGGUUUCUCGGUAGAGGUGAAGGUCAAGGGACGUGUCAUACCGUCUUUGCUGACCGCCUCCAUUUCCAACUUGGAUCGUCGCCUAAGUUUACGCCAACACUGCCUCGUCGUCCGCCAGAUCUGCCCAUUGAAGGGUACCUUUUAACUGGAGAGACUCCCGUUUAGAUGUCUAACUCGCCUUCCCCUCUUUUUCCGGUCAUCGUAAAAUUGAAAAUAAAAACAAAGGGGCAGACAGAAUUAGAGACUUGUUUGGCUACCAUAACACUCUUAGUGUAAGCGAAUGUGAGAGGGUUAUUAACCAAACUAAACAGACUGCCUGUGAGCAUUUUGGGGAUUUCGCCAGAACUCAAUCAAGCCAUGCAGGAAAAAUUAAAGUAGUGUGGGACACUUUACUAGGAAAAAUGAUAGAAACUAGUGAGAGGAUUAACAAAACAAGGUAA